UUAUGUCUUGGACUAACAAAACUGGAGGCAGAGGCACUGUGUGAGCGACAGAGCGAGAGGGAAGAAUAAGAUGGCGAUGGUGGUGGUGCUAUUCUUGGUUUCUCUGCUUCUUCUUCUCUUGUUUGCUUUAAUCAAAUUUACCACAGCUGAUGGUGAUUUCACUUUGAUGUCCAAACGCCAUGUUAACCGCCACGAAAUUGAAGACAAAGUUGUUUGGAUAACUGGUGCUAGCCGUGGAAUUGGGGAGGUUCUUGCUAAGCAACUUGCAAAUUUGGGAGCUAAGCUCAUUAUUUCCGCCCGUAAUGAAGCUGAAUUGGAGCGAGUCAAGAAACAACUUACUGGUAAACAUGCACCUGAUGGUGUGAAAGUUUUGCCAUUGGAUUUGGCUUCUGGUGAAGAUUGUCUCAAGGAUGUUGUAGAGAAAGCAGAGUCAUUCUUUCCAAAUGCUGGUGUUGAUUACAUGAUCCAUAAUGCUGCUUUUGAGCGUCCUAAAACUACAGCAUUGGAUGUUACUGAGGAGAGUCUAAAGGUAACUUUCAAUGUCAAUGUUCUUGGGACAAUAACGCUGACCCGGCUACUGGCACCUUACAUGCUGAGGCGAGGGAAGGGCCAUUUUGUUGUGAUGAGCAGUGCUGCAGGAAAGACACCUGCACCAGGUCAGGCCGUAUACUCUGCCUCUAAACAUGCCUUAAAUGGGUACUUUCACACCUUGCGUUCCGAGCUCUAUCAGAAAGGAAUAGGGGUGACCAUUGUUUGUCCUGGUCCAAUAGAAACAUCAAAUGGUACAGGAGCAGCAAGCUCAGAGAAUAAAGCUUCUUCUGAGAAGCGUGUGUCAUCAGAAAGGUGUGCAGAGUUGACAAUAAUUGCUGCCACCCAUGGUCUAAAGGAAGUUUGGAUAUCAUACCAGCCUGUCCUGGCUGUAAUGUACUUGGUGCAGUACAUGCCAACCAUUGGUUAUUGGCUUAUGGACAAGAUUGGUGGAAAUCGAGUUGAAGCUGCUGCAAGGAAGGGCAACACUUACUCAUUGAGCUUACUAUUUGGGAAAAAGAAGGCAUCAUGAAUAUGUGAAAUGCAGCUCCAUCGGACAGCCAGCAUAGAUGGUUGUAUGUGACAUUAUGGCAUUAAUCAGUGAAUGAUUCUUAAUUGUGGGUGAAAUUAUGUCCUUUUCACUACGUAUGAUGAGUGAAAUGAUCAAGGGUUGAGGAGGGUUUAGGGUUUAGGAUUUGGGUCACUAAGAAGCUACUGAUUGUAACCCAAAAAGAUUGGGGGACCUUUAUUAAUUGCCUUUUGAGA